AUGGAAAGCAAGUCUAACAGAGAAACAUUGGAGAACAUUGUUAUUGGUGGAGAUGGAACAACACCCCAAUAUAUGAUUCAAAGGGUUCCAGAAAAUGCCCAACUUUUAAGUCAAGAGCUUUUACAACAACAACAUGGACUAGUUGUAGAUUUAGGUGGAAACGACUUUAUACCAGUUAGUUAUGCUUCUGAAGAUUUACUUACACAAGAUCUUACAGAAGAAGAUAGAAACUUAGCUGCUGCUUUGGUAGCUGUACAGCUUAGCCAACAACAAAAACAACAACAGUUGCAAGAUACUCCUUUACCUUCAUUAGUUGCUACCUCCAACUUAGGUAUAGGAACCAAGAUAUUGGAUGAAUCUCAGUUGAUUAUUAGCAGUGAAAAGGGAGGUGGUACAAGUUUCUUGAGGAUUGUAAAUUCUGAUAAUAUUUACGUGGAGCAGCAGCCACUCAAUAAACUAGUUGAUACUGUUCGAUUUACAACUGUAAAUAACCAAUCGUUCACUGAAGAUGAGCCAAUUGACAAGAGUAUUAUAAAAAAAGAUGAUGAUAAGGGAGAUUCUGAUAGGGAAUCUUUAAAAAAUGAACCUCGUACUUCUAAGAAAAGCCUACCCCACAAAAAAAGAAUUUCAAGGAAACUCAAGAAGAGCACUGUAUCAGCUGCCAAAAAUAUUGUCUGCAAUCUUUGUGAACAAUCAUUUAGCUCUAGUGAUGAAUUUGCACAACAUGAAAUCUUAUGUCAAACUACAAUCACUCCAGUCAACCAAGUUAACGCGUUUAACUGCCAAAUUUGUAACGAGCCUUUUACAGAACAACUCAAGUUCUUCGAACACUUAAAGAAACAUUAUGAACCCGGAGGAGGUGGUUUACCAACUGGACCUCCGAAAGAACUACCUAGUACUAAUAUAGAUAAAAAAACCACACCUGAAAAAACGGAACACGUUGAACAUGACCGCCAAGAAAGUUUACUGUCCAGUCUCCUUAAUUUAAGUUGUAUUGAGUGUAAUAAGACAUUCAGAAGACAAAAGACUUUGAAGCUCACAUGA